AUGAUUAUUACUGACGUUCGGUUUCGUUUGCAGACAGAUGGUGGUGAGAUUGGUGCAGGAUAUAUUCAAGAAUUGUCCUGCGGACAUUUUGGCGGCCGAUUUGCCGGAAAUCAUGAAGACCCUCGUCGGCAUCGGAGACGAAUCGAUGCUAAUAGCGGAUUUGUUGGAGCAAAUACCUCACGUAGCUGUACAAGCUGCGGAGUGCUCCUUCCGAGUGAGUGCCCUCAAGAAUGUCGUUAGUGAAUAUCUCACUCCACUGGUGGUACGAAAUUUGGGUUGUAAUGAUGCUGCAGUUAAUAAAGCUGCCCGUGACGCUCUCAUUCAACUGAUAGAGCAAGGUUACAUUAACAAACAGCAAGCUGAAAUUCAAGUGUGCCCUUCCAUCUUGGCACUAUCCAAAGUUGAGACAUCCUUGGACAUAAACACUGGUGCUAUAUCUUUGAUGAGUAAACUGGCUGUCCUCCUUGGCCGUGACAUUACAGAACGCGUCUUCCUCAAGAGAUUCAUUGAACAAUGUGGCAGUCCAUUGUUUUAUAUUAGAAAGAUUUGUGCUGCUCAUUUGGGGGAGUUUUCCACUGUGGUUGGAAGAGAUCGUUUUGAAAGUAUUUUGCUACCCUGCUACAUAUCCCUGUGCACGGACGACGUGUGGGGCGUGAGAAAAGCAUGCGCCGAGGUGGUGAUGUUCCUGUCGUGCGCUUGCGAUACGCGCACGCGCAAAACGUUGCUCACGCCCGUGUUCACCAAGCUGUUGCAAGACGAUUGCCGAUGGGUGAGGAUGUCCGCCUUUCAGGCCUUGGGACCGUUCAUAUCGACCUUCGCCGAUCCGACGAUCACGAAUUUGGGCUACAACAAGGGCGGCGAUUUGGUGUUGCUCAACGAGGAAGGAGGCAAUGGAAAGGAAGUUGUCAAACUAAAUCUUGAUUUUUUUUUGUACAGGAUAAAUAUGUCUCGCACCCUGUCUAUGACCGAACAAUUAUCUAUCAUGAAUGAGGAGGAGAAGGUGAAGGUGGAUAUUUUUACGGAAGACCAAGAGGAAGAAGAUGCUGAAGAGGUUAUGUCAGAGGAUUCACGUAUUUUAGGGGGGGUAUGGGAUGUCCACUUCAAAAAUGAAAUGGCCAAAGCGGCAGAAGAAAAGGCCGAAGCGGAUGAAACGUCCAAAGAUGAAAACAAAUGUGAUAACAUCGAUGAAAAAGCGAAGGAAGAAUUGGACAGUGUGAUGGAAAAAUUCCUAUCGUUGAUGGAUGACGGAUUAGACGAAGAGGAAGUCGUCAAAGUUUUGCCACCAGAUAAGGACGAAAAAACCGAGGGAUGUAAUGAAUUUCAAGGGCCUGAUAUAGAAAAAACGCCCGAACCCGUUGAAACAUCGAAAGCCAAAACAUGUGAUGAAAUAGAUAAGAAACUUGAAUUCCAAUUGAUGAUGGAAAACGGAUGGGAUGAUGGAGAUUCAGAUAGCGACAAUGAAAAUGAAUCUCGGAACUGUAAAGAAGAAGCAAUCGGCAUGACAACGAAACCUAGUACUGAUUUAAUUAAUGUAGUAGAAAGCAACGAUCACAAAAAGGUAAAUUUCAGUAAUAAGGGGUGUGAUACUAUAGAGGACGAUUUGAGUUUGUUUAAUUGCCACAAUUAUUGGUACGUUAGUCCCGAAAUGCCCUUAGACCCUUUCCUCGUUGCCGGCGGAGAUGCGGCUGUCGAUUCGAAUGGGGCGAACGAUGUAGCGGCGCAUUUGGAAGAUUUGUACUCGGCGAUAAAUUUAAGUAACAAUCUUGAUUCGACGAAACCCAAUCAGAAUGACUCGACCGUUUCAUUGGAGGAGGAAGUGUAUAAUGUAUGUGAAAUUUCGGUAUCAUGCAAAACGGUCAGUUCGGCGGCCGAGCAGGACGUCGUGCCCGAACAACUCAUCCACCAUUACAUUUCGAUGACGGACCCCUCUCUGUUGAACACCGACAACGAGAUGCCGUACCAUUGCGCCUACUUUUUGCCGGCCGUCGCGUCGACUUUGGGCAGCAACAAUUGGCACCUGCUCAAGGACACCGUCGAUUCUUUAGCUGGCGAUAUGCAAUACAGGGUGCGAAAAACGGUGGCGAGCAGCUUGCACGAACUGGCCGUCAUCCUGGGUCCGGAAAUCACCACCGCCAAUCUGGCGCCGCUCUUCGAGGGCUUCAUCAAGGACCUGGACGAGGUGCGCAUCGGCGUCCUCAGGCACCUCGCGCUGUUCCUCGAGCUGGUGGACGCGGCGAAGCGGGGCGCCUAUUUGCCACGGCUGGGGGAGUUUUUGCAGACGGACAACGAGUCGAACUGGCGGUUCAGAGAGGAGCUGGCCAGGCAGCUGACGGCGGCCCUGCGGCUGUUCGAGCCCGGCGAGACGGCGAAGCACGUGUGGGUGAUCGCGAUCGAUUUGCUCUGCGACAAGGUGGCUGCCGUCAGGCAGGCGGCGAUGGUUCUGAUAACUGAAAUAGUAAAACACACAUCCUCCGAACCCGGCCUGACGCCCUGUCUCCUGGUGAAGAUAGCCGAAAACUUUGCUCAUUCGAAGAAAUGGAAACGGCGACAGACGUUCUGUCUGUUGUGCGCGGAACUGCUGAAGGAGCACGCCUUACCUGCGGAACAGUUCGCCUCCGAAAUCAUGCCGCAUCUGUUGGAUUUGAGCUGGGAUCCGGUGGCCAAUGUGCGAUUAGUCGUGGCUAGAUGUAUAUCCCAACACAUUUUGAAAAAUGAUCAUUUCGCCGAUCCUAGCAGCGAACAUUUCGAUGGGUUCGAAACCGUACUGAGAAGGUUGCAAGCGGACAAAGAUGUCGAUGUGCGUCAAUGUGCCGAGAUCUAGAUGAAUUAUGAUGACGACAUAAAUCUUCCGUUACAGCCACUCGCAACAGCAUCGAUGUGAUAUAAUAUAUCGAAAAAGUAACUGAGCAGGGUUGCUUAAGGAUAUGGUAAUUGUGUAAUAUUGAGUUUUAGUUCGAUUUUUCUCCGAAUAGUCAUCUGGAUGAUUUGAAGAAGAUUCAGUUUUAUUGUCCUCACAUCAACUGUUUCAAUUCAAGUAGGACCACUUAUGUCAGUUUAUGAUCUUUAUGAAUUCAAGUAAAACUGUUUUUUGGAGCAAAUCAGGUAAAAAUGUUGAAGCCUUGCAAAUAUGGGGUCAAUUAGGCAAUCCGACAUAGGUUAAAAUCAAUAUGGCGCCUGUGGGCACAUGACUAACUGAAUGGCAUGGCAAUUAAAUUGUUUUCUUUUUUGAUUUCCUGUGAUUGAAAAAUCACCAUCAACUAUGAAUAAUUUCGUUGUGUGCCAACAGACGCAUAGUUUGGCAGUUCGUUGGAUUGCCUAAUUGAUAUUCGGAAAUGCCAAUUUUUUUGUGAGGUCACGUUUGACGACGGCUAUGGCGUUAUCUCUUGCGACUGCGCAAUGCUUGUCUUGCACUUGGUUUUACAAUAUAUUAUUUCGUCAAUAUCUUCAUAGUCUUUGACAGAAUUCACAUUUUUAAUGAUUCUCAUCAAUCAGUUGGUAAUCUAAAAACACUGAAUCAAUCAGAUUAUGUGUCAUAUUUGAAAUGGAGUGUUUGAUGUGACUUUCGGAAAAUCGGACAGUGUAACAAGUAUGUGGAAUUGAUCAUAUUAUUAAACUAUACAGUAGGUUUUCGAGAAAAUCGAUUAGUCAGAUAUUGCACAGUUUUACCUUUCAGCAACCCUGGCUCGGUAAUGUAGUCAAUUUCCAUAACGACUGGUCCUCAUUCCGGCCAUUGUGUAAUUUUCUUGGGUUUCCCCAAUUUUUUUUGUUACAAAAGUAAUUUCCCAACAUUGUUUCAUCAAUUUUUCAAUUUAUUAUAGUAUUUGUGAAAUUAUCGUACUCACUUUUAUACACGCUCUAGGUAUUUGCCUCCUCAUUAAUUGGUUCAGUUCAGAACAGCCGAUCCAAACAGAGUGGUCUUAAGUCAACAAGAGUAGGGCCUGCUAAAAACUUAGGAAAUUGUCAGUCAUAACCUUCCUGACUUCAGCCAACGACGGUGGGGAAAAAUGUAUGACAUUUGUAAAUCAUAGAUCAUAUUUAUUAAGCUGUCAUUCUUUCCUCUUGAAUUGAGGUCAAGAGCAAUAGUGUUUGGUCUAACUCCUGUUGACGAGAACCAGAUGAUUUGUAUCGACUGUUGCGAACUGAAACGCCCUGUACCCAUGAACCUAUGAACCCACAUACGUACCAACCCACCCACUCACCAGCCAGGGGGGGGUUGAACCACAGUAUAUCAUCGUUUCUCGUGAAAUGAUAAUAUAACUGUGGUUGAACAGAACGUGUAUAUACUAAGGAAUAUAUUGUAACUUUGUAAUAUAUGUAUUAAAGUUUGAAAUAAAUAUACAUUUUUUAUAAUCA